UUGGAGGCGAUUUAGAGCUUCGGGUGCAGUGGACGAACAAGGGCCCUUUUCCUAGUUGGAUUAUCUACUUCAAGGAUGACUGCAAUGUGGUUGUUAUUGCAUCAUGGAUCACAUAGCUUUGAUGUGAGAGUUACAGACAUGGAAAAGUAUCGUCUUUUGAGGUUGUUUUUGGAUAUUUUUGAGGAAUCUGUUAGGCAGGAUGUGUUUUUACCUAGUACAUUUGCCCUGUUUAUUGAGUCUCCCUGUGGUAGAGUUGAGUUGGUAGAUGAUAAGACAAUGAAGCUAAUGUGGGGAUGGAAUUGGGGUAAGGACACUGCUGAAAUAUGGGUUGAGGGUACAGACAAACCAGGAGUGGUGUUUAGAAAUGUUGUUGCCACAAUUGAGCAUCAUAGGAAGGAGAGUGAGAGAAAGCUCAAAGAGAGACAAGAUGAACUUCUUAGGGCUCAAAGAAAGGAGGAAGAGGAAAUGAGGAAAAAACAGGAGAGAGAGGACAUUUUAAGGGAACUUCAAGAACAAAUGGAGUACACAAUAGCUGUGGAGGUGACUGUGGUUGAUUGUGAGGACUUAAGCACUGAGUAUGUGAGGAUUAUAAGCAAGGAUGGUGCUGAUGAGGUGUUUCCAGGAGCCUCUCAACCACAACCCACACAAGAAUCUUCACCCUCCAAAAAACCUACUUCUCCUAAACCAAAACAAAAGGCCAAAGUCAAGCAAACUACUCCAAAAGCUCCUAAGGUUCCUAAAGCCAAGAAACUGACCCCUAAGAGGAGACCCACCCCAACUCAAAAACAGGCCACACCAAAGGCAAAAAAACCCACCCCAACAACAAAAAAGCCCACCUCAACACCACAGCAACCCACCCCAACUCCAGAACAAUCAAUCCCACCAGCACAGCAACCCACCCCAACAACACAGCAGCCCAUCCCACCACCACAGCAACCCAACCCAUCACCACAAACACACCCCACCCAUUCCCCACCACCACAGAACACCCAAAAUGAUCAACCACCCCAUUCCCCACCACCACAGAACACCCAAAAUGAUCAGCCACCCCAUUCAACACCAACACAGAAUCGGUCUGAAGCUGUUAAAAGGAAGGGGGCCAGAACUAGACCUACAGGGUUCAGGGUGAACAAAGUGACUGCCAAGAAAGCUGGAACUUGGGUAUCCAAAGGGAAGGGCAUAGGUAGGAAGGGUACAGGGAGGUCAAAGAGUGCAAGGGUGUUCACUGAUAUUGAGGAUAUAGGUUCAGAAGAGGAGAGUGAGGAUUCAGAUUGGGAGGAAUCUGAACCAGACUCUGAACUAGAGGAGGAUAAACUUGAUGAUUGGGUUGACUCUGAUGUGGAGGCUGAGGUGAUAACAGAUGAUGUGCCUGACUUAUUGUUUGAGGAAUGUUUGGAUGGUUCUAGUAAGAUGGAUAAGGCCUACAAGAAUGGAAAGAUAUGGACUCAUCAACCAUAUGGGUCCAUCAAAUUAGAACCUUGGUUGAUCUUUCCAGACAAGUCCACUUUCCUAGAUGUUUUGAGGAGUUUUUGCAUACAAGAGGGGUUUGGACUAAGUGUUGAGAGGGCUGACAGUAAGAGGUACACUGCAGUGUGUGCAAUAGAAACUUGUGACUGGAGGAUACAUGCAAGUAAGAUGUUUGACAGUGUCAGUUGGGCUAUUAAGGGGAUCAGUGGGUGCCACAAAACUUGUGGGAGAUUGGAGGAGAACCAUGUGGUGACCUCUGAGUGGCUAUGUAAGAACAUGAUGAGUCUAAUUGAGGCCAACACUGAAAUUCCUGUUGAGACAUUGAGAAGGUAUGCACAGGAGACAUUUCAAUUGAGGGUUAAAAAGAGAUUGUUGUACAAAGUAAGGAGUAUGGCAGUAGAGAAGAUACAUGGUGGUUGGGCUGAGGCUUAUGAGUUGCUUCCUAGGUAUGCUGAGAUGAUUAAACAGACAAACCCAGGAAGUUAUGCACUGAUUUCAUGGGGUGCUACAAGUGGGGAUGUGAACCCCAAGUUCAGAGCUUGUUUCUUCUCCUUUGCUGCUCAAGUCAAGGGGUUUUUGAGGGGGUGCAGGCCUAUAAUUGGAAUAGAUGGGGCUCAUCUAAGUGGGUUUUACAAGGGAAUCCUACUCACAGCUGUUGGCAUUGAUGGGAACAAUGAAAUAGUUGUUCUGGCUUAUGGGAUAGUGGACACUGAGAGCUGUGAUAGUUGGACACAUUUCAUGAGAUGCUUGAGGCAGAUGUUUGAGCAAGAGGGUUGCAACAAAGAUGAUUGGACCUUCAUCAGUGACAAGAUGAAGGUAUAUGUUUAUUUUGCUCCUUUUUUGUUUCAAUUUUAUAAUAUUGCAACAGAUAUGAUUGGCCUAAAAUGA